UUGUCGCUGGUCUCUGCCCGGGAGAGGAGCUUCAAGCGGGGUCACGACUUUCAAAGUUUGCCCCAGAGAAAGAAGUCCAUAUUGAAGUCAGCACAGAAACAUUUUAUUUUUCUUCCGGACACCUAUUUUCCUCAGCUGUUCUCAAACUUUCACAGCCAGGAGAGUUUUCCCUGGAAACAGGGACGGACAGAGCUGAAGUUUUCAUUCCCCUCCACGACCCUCAGUUCCAGACAUCUUUGAGCGAUGUUUGACAAGCAGCACUAUGAGAGUCCACCUGUUUACAGUCCUCCUUUCACCCCACCAUCCAAUAACGGCUUUGGCCCUCCGGGCAGCUUCCAUGGCCCUCAGAGCGAUUACAACGCGUAUCCACCUCCGCCGGGAUCUUACUACAUUGAGGAAAAACCACAGCACUUCUACAAAUGGCUGUCACCUCCCGGGAUCAUCAAGGCCAUGAUGGCUGUGGUGAUUGUGCUGUGUGUGGUGAUAUUUGCCUGUGUGGCCUCCACUCUCAUGUGGGACAUCCAGUAUGGAUACGGUUCGGGUUACUAUGGUUCUGGACUGGGCUAUGGCAGCGGAUACGGUGGGGGCAGCUAUGGCUCAGGAUAUGGAGGUUAUGGGGGUUAUGGGGGUUAUGGAGGCUACGGAAACUACUACGGCUCCUACAUCUCACCUUACUCAGCCAAAACCACUAUGAUUGCCAUGGCGGCCAUUACCUUCAUAGCAGCACUUGCAUUCUUCAUCGCCAGCUUCUCUAAAUCCAACAUGGUCCGCAGCAGGAAGUUCUUUCUGGCCCUACUGGUAACCAGCAUCAUCAUGGCUAUCCUGCAGGGCAUCAUAAGCAUUGUCUACAUUGUCGGAGUGAACCCCAUGGCCCAGGGCUCCUCCAGUAUGAUGUACAAUCCGAUGCUCAUGAUGUGCCAGAACCUCUACCAGACCAGCUACUCACAGAUGGGUGGAGUGGGAGGCUUCCCCAUCUACAACCAGUACCUCUACCAUUACUGCUUUGUGGAUCCACAGGAGGGAGUUGCCAUGGUGUGCGGAUUCCUGGUCGUAAUCGCUUGGGGUGUUGCAGCUUUCUUUGCACACAAGACUAGAGGGAAGAUCUGGCGCUACGGGAAACCAAACAUCUAUUGGGAGGAGCCUCUUGUCGGAGGGAAGGCCUCAGAAGGCAGAGAUGUAGAGGAAUGGGUGAACAAUGUGGAGGAAAGCCGCAGUGUUCAGGACGCUCCUACCCUGCUGGUGUCAGAGAAGGGAGGCGGGCUGCUCAACGCCUCAGCGAACAGUUUCAUCUCCUACCCCCCAGCCAAGGUGGACAUCGGCUCCUAUGACGGAGACACCUUUGACAACAACGAGUACUCGGAGAGGACCACCAGCCGGCCAUUGGAGGUCUUCUCCCCCGGUGGAAGGACCAGCUCCAGCCCUUCAGAGGAGACGGGCGGGGGCCGCAAACCCUCGGCCAACAGGGGCAAGAGACGCAGACGUAACCCGGAGCUGGACGAGUCUCAGUAUGAGACGGAGUACACCACAGGAGGAGAGACAGGCAAUGAACUUGACGCAGAGGAGUGGGAGAGUAUGUAUCCAGAGAUUACAUCUGAUGUUCAGCGCCAUGAUUAUAAGAGAGAGUUUGAUGCCGACCUGAGGGAAUACAAGCGCCUGUGUGCUGAGAUGGAUGACAUUAAUGAUCAGCUGAACAAACUCAGCCGUCAGUUGGACACACUGGACGACACCUCUGCCAAAUACCAGGCAGUAGCAGAGGAAUAUAAUCAACUGAAGGAUCUGAAGCAGACAUCAGACUACCGGUCUAAGAAGAAGGAGUGCCGCAGGCUGAGACACAAACUGUUCCACAUCAAACGCAUGGUGAAGGACUACGACAAGAACCACUAGUGAAUCCACUCAGUCCUGACUCUCAGCUCUGUGGUCUACACAGCAAACACUCACAGACACGGGCCAAGAUACACUCCAAAAUACUGCAAAGACUGUGGCAUGCUGAGACCAAAGUUACCUGAACACCACCUACACACACUGGAUACAGAGGGGCACAUUUAUACACACACACACACACACACACACAUAGGGAACAUAUUGUAUGUUAAUAAUAAUGAUCCAAACAUGUGUUUCCUUCAUUCUCUUUGAUCAGAAAUGUAUGAAUAACUCAAUUUUUGGAAGAAAAUGGAAGCAGGAGCCUCAAUUGUAGCCACUUCCACAGCAAACACUGCCAUUUUCUAAAAGGUCCAGCUCAUUGUUUGAAGCAAGCAACCACUUGAAAGGUUGUUUGAAAGUCACCUGACCUUCAGUCACCUGUGAUAACACUGUGCUGGGUUUCUGUGGCUGUGUUUGCUCUCCAGAUUGGCAACUUUUCUUUGUUUUAUCUCCACAGAUAAGAGGUGGAACAGUAUUGUAGAGAACGUAGUGAAGGGUGAGACAGGUUGCUGGGAUUGUUUGCGAGCAAAUAUGCUGUUUCUUUUAACCCUUGGCAUGACGUUACCUUUGUCGCAAAUGGACUUUAGUUGUGCUUUUCUCAUCGUGUGUCAGUGUUUGUAACUAACUUCAGUGUCAGUGAAGUUAACUGCUCUCCGCCGGGACCAUGUGUGUGUUUUUCCCAUAUACCAGCUUUUUGUCUGCACUAAGAUGUUGAUACUGAUUGUCGUAGAUGCAGUGAAACCAAAAAGGGGAUAAACUGGCCAAUGAGAUGUUGUGUUAUAUAUACGUUUAAUGAAUCGUGCUCAUACUACGUACCAAGAUCAAAUUUACAGUAUGUAUCUGACUGUUAGAUUCAGCAGAUAUCUUAGCAUUUGUGAUGACGUUAUGUUAUGUGUUCAUACUAAAGACCCAUCGGGGCUUGUGGUUUUUUUUAAUCAGUCAUUCAAAAUAUGCUUAAGCUAUGCAAAAUAUUAAAAAAUAGACUAUUUUUAUAUUGUUUAUCAUGCAUGCUCCUCAAUAAACUGGAAAACAUGUCUUGCUGACUGUCUAUAAGCUGAGUGCAUCUUCUCAUUUGAUUCUUUGCCAAUGAAAAUCAUCAUCAUCAUCAUCAUCAUCAGUAAUUUUUGUAUUAAUUCACUUCAUGUGCAAAGUGUUAGGAUCUACUGUACCUUUUGAAAUUGUUCAGACAUACCUUUGAUUUGUCGUGCAUUUGUAUUUUUAUGAAGAACAUUGUUGUCAUUUUACAAACCAUCUGCGAGCCAUUUAUUUUUAUAUGAAUUUAUUUUCUUUGAUGCUAUUAUAAAAGACCAUUUUUUGUAACUGUAUACUUCCAUAUGGUAUG